ACCUCAAGUACUAUCAUGUCAACUUAUGCUGCACAACGUCCUCAACGAUGAGCAAACCAAAGGGUAAGAGUGCACAAGCAUCUCAGACGGGCAUUUACAACCCAGAAUCAGUCAAAGACGUAGCCGAAUCGCUAGGCAUCUCCAACCUCUCAGACACCGUCGCCUCCUCUCUUGCCGCCGAUGUCGAGUACAGAAUGCACCAGGUUAUCGAGGAAGCCUCGCGUUUCAUGCGGCACGGCAGACGAACAACGAUGACCACCUCAGACAUAGAUCAAGCGCUGCGAGUCCUUAAUAUCGAGCCUCUAUACGGACACAACUCAUUCAACCCCCCUGCAUUCCGCCGUGCACUUCCUUUUCCCCAACUCCCAACUGUAGGCCCCGUCUACUUUGUCGAAGAUGAGGAAAUAGACUUUGACCGUGUCCUAAGAGAGGAGAAAAUAACAGUCCCAAAAGGUGUUAACUGGACAGCACACUGGCUUGCAGUCGAAGGUGUUCAGCCCCUCAUACCCGAGAACCCACCUGCUAUUCCAAGGGAUACGGACCAGCAAGAAGUCACAAAGUCACCGCCUAUAUCCAACACAGGCUUUCCUCCAACGCCGCCUUCCGACCGAUCUACCAAUAAAAAACAACAGCAGCAACAGCAACAACAGCAACAGCUUGUUAAACAGGUCUUGUCGCGAGAAUUGCAGCUAUACUACACGCGUCUUACAACGUCCUUAUUGCCACCUUCCGAUUUUGCUAAGAGAACCGCUGCUCUGGCCAGCUUGAGACACGAUGCUGGACUUCAAGCAUUGUUGCCAUAUCUUAUACGCUGGGUUGGAGAGAGUGUGGUGAAUGCUCUCAAAGACAGUUCUGAUAGUGAUAACGACGGUAAGGUACUAGAGGUGAUGCUGCACGUCGUAAGUGCGAUCCUAGAGAACAGCGCACUGUUUAUAGAACCCUACCUACACCAAAUACUUCCUCCAAUACUUUCAACCCUCUUGCAUUCUUUCCUUCCCCCAUCAUACGCGACCCUCCUCCGAACCAUGGCAUCACAGACACUCUCUCGACUCCUCACUCAGCAUUCAACGACAUAUCCCUCACUCUCCCCCCGAAUCAUGAAAACGCUGCUUCUUGCGCUUAUAUCACCCGACAAAAGCAAAAAUACGCGGGAAGGUGCCAUUCGGGGGCUCAUCGGUAUCGGGAAAGAAGCUGUGCGGAAAGGACUUGUCGAAGGCGGUGGUAUCAGGGUUGUAGGCAGUGAUUGUACGCCGGGAGAGUCGAGUUCACUCGUCAAUGCUGUAAUGGACGCACUCCAUGUGUUGCAACCCCCUUCUGACAUGCCAGAAUCUUUGGACACCUCUGCCGACGCCGAUGCUGCUGUUUAUGCUCAGAUGAAAGAAGUGUUUGGUGAUUUCUUUGCAGAGAAACUGGCCGGAGACAAGGUUUGGGCAAUGGGUGUAUUGGGUAGUGUAUCCGAUCAAACGUGAAGUGACUUGUGUAGGUUUUAGCAUAUAUUUCGGUUCCGUUUCUCAGAUCUCAGACGUGAUUUGGCUGUAUUGGUAACAACUGGCGUUUUGUAUUGUUUUUCUAUUCAGUGAUUCAUUUAUAGAUUGAGCUAUUAAUCAUUUGAUACGAACAGCGAUG